UUUCUUCUUCCAUUGAUAUUUGCAAGUGGAACUCAUUGCCAUUGUAUCCUAAACUCGUUCACGCCUGGGAAGAUUAAUAUGUUGGCCCUACUCCGACGCACUACAGCAUAAACAUCAGACAGACAUCCGCUUCAUACCCGGCAGUUCUACUGAAGUACACUUUCCAGGACGACUGUGCACUGUGCACGAGGAUAUCUCAGUUGCAAUAUAACCCAGUAAGCACAUGAUUUAAACUAAUCACGGAAGUUCUUAUCCUCUGUUACACCCCUUUGCGCUCGAAGAGUGAGAAACAACACUUGUUACAAAGCCUGCAUUGGAGCCUUACCGUGUCGAUAUCAAACACCCCACUCUGGCCAUGGCUUCGUCGAAUACACAGAUGGACGAUAGAGCAGCAACGCCUUCAAUGAAUAUCCCAGAUCAUGGUCGUGAGCAAGCCCAGUAUGGCAGUAUACAUGACAUCGUUGGAUCGCCAGAGCAGAUGCCCGAUCUAGGAUUUCACCAUUCAAUUCCACAACUUACACAUUCACCGUCGCUGUCGGAUAGUCAGGAUGCUUUCCAAUCCAGACCCAGUUAUUCCCGAAGCGUCUCCUCUCCGCACGUCGCUCCGUCACGAUUACCAAUAUCUUCAUCUUUUAAGGAAGUCACUCGCAGUGUACUUCGUCGUCAGGACCGUCCAAAGGAACGUGAAUGGUCGGUGUUUGGGGAGCUCAUGUCGGGAGAAAGACAUUUGCAAGUCCCAUCUUUGAACCGGGGUACGCUAGGCCGCCGCGAUGGGUCCACACGAUCACCUUCUACGACGCCUUUACCUACACCGCAGGAGACAGCUCAAUCACCUUCUUUUGCAGACGUUAUCCUUGAGAACGAGCUCGCUGUUCCUGAGAGCCAACCAGUUUUUGCAACUGUGGAGACAGUCUCUGAGCCCUUUCAAGCAGACGAUUUACGGACGGAUUCGGAUACAGACGAAGAGCGUCCUCCACAGGUGCCGUCAGAACAGCGUUCCCGAUGGUCUUUGCCCUCUCUUCCCCAGUUGACGCCUCUGCAACGAAAUAUCUUGAAAUGCUCCAUUGCCUAUUUUAUUGGCAGUCUUUUUACCUUCUCGCCCUAUCUAUCAGGCUUUAUUGCCGACGUCACUAGUUAUGGGCCGGGCGAGUCAGAGCCUUCACCUUCCGGCCAUAUGGUCGCAACUGUUGCCGUCUACUUCAACCCAGCCAAAACCGUUGGAGGCAUGAUGGAUGCAGACACGUUCUGCCUCAUGGGCCUGCUAUAUGCUACCUUUGUUUCGUUAAGCAGCAUGGGGAUGUUCUGGUUUUUUGAAGUCCGAGCUGGCUGGGAAUGGCUUGCCGACUCCCUGGUCGUCAUCUGGAUCGGUAUUGGAAUGUCGCUCGUUGCUUGGAUGAAGGUAUGGAUGGCUAAACCGACAUUCAACACAGCUUGCAGUAUGACUGCGAUCAUCCUAUUCGUUGUCGUUGUGAGAGAAGGCGGUGUGGAGACUCUCCUUCAGGUUGCUUUCAUCGUUGUGGUCGGUUCAAUCAUAUCCAACGUAGUCUGCUACACACUUUGGCCCCAACACGCCACUCGAAACCUUCAAGGCACUAUGACAAAGACUCUGGAUUCGUUCUCAACAUUGUUGACAAUGAUAAUCCAGACGUUCUUACUCGAGGAGCAGCAGGUUUUUCAACCGAGCCAAGAAAAAAUACAGAAAGCUAUAGAAAGUCACCAAGCCAGUUUCACGGCGCUGAAGAAGAACCUUGCUGAAGCUCAGUCUGAACGCUGGUUUGGCGGGCCAGGGAAGCCGCCUGCCGUUCGCUCGCCGACAAACUUAGGUCAGGCGUACGAGGAUGCCGUGGACAGCUUGAAUAGGCUCGGUCAGCACUUGAACGGCUUACGAAGCGGCACAAGUCUGCAAUUUGAGCUAAUUCAGGCGAACAAGAACGGCAAACUCGUACUCAAGAACCGCUCUAUCAAUCGGCUGUCGAAUUCUCUCACCGCAAAUUUGUCAGGUACCAAUUCGAGAGGAAAGAGUGUCAACCAUGAUGGCCAGGGUUCAGCAGCUUCACAGACAGAAGAGGAUCUGGUAUUACAGGCUGCGGCAGACACGUUCGGAGACCUACUCGAAGAUCUCGAUUCGCCACUCAAAUCCUUAUCAUCAACCUGUUCUUCGACUUUGAAGCGACUACGAGAGGCCUUCGUCGAGCCUCACCAAGUUGGCAAGCGGGAAGCCAUUGGACCAGAGGAGUUCAAUGACCUUGCUGAGUCUAUAGAUCGCGCGCUGUUCCAAUUCGAAAGUACUUCGAAUCACGCUAUACUGCGUUUGUAUCGUAAAGGCACCGGAGGCACAGCCGGUACCGCAUCCUCUAGAAUGUCUGUAGUCAGCUCGUUAACAGACACUGAUGGGAGUGACUCCGAAAACAUCUUCCUGGUGUACUUCUUCAUCUUCACUUUGCAAGAGUUUGCGAAGGAACUCGUUUCACUUGUCGAUGCAAUGGGGCGGAUUUGUAGCAUCCAACGCGCCGAAGCAGAACAGCGGAGCUGGUGGGCAUCUUUGAUUCGACCCAUUACCCUCGUGUGCAACAAGCUUGUUACAAAGACCCGUUCUUCUGGGUCUCGGCCACGUCUGGAGAAAGGGUUGCUCAGGAGACGUCUAUCAACAAUGUUUGCACCCGAAUCCAGGGCCAACACCGUGUCGUUCCCGAAGGUCAAGCCACAUGCCCCAAAUACAAUACUAACGCCCGCUCGAGAGGACCUGUCAUAUUGGGGCAGAUUCAAGCAAUCACUUUGGGCUCUAGGUGACAGACUCAAAGAACCAGACAUGAGAUAUGCCUUCAAAACUGGAAUGGCUCUAGCGGUACUCGCUGCUCCAGCUUUCUUCGACUCUACGCGGCCUAUUUUUACCGAGUAUCGAGGCGAGUGGGCUCUCAUUUCCUUCUUCGUCGUGAUGUCACCGACCAUCGGAGGCACAAACUUCCUUGCUGUUCAUCGAGUCUUAGGCACCUUUCUAGGCGCGGUGACAGCAGCUUUCAUCUGGACUCUUUUCCCUGAGAAUCCUUACGCGCUGUGCGCUUUCGGAUUCUUCUAUUCAAUUCCUUGCUUCUACUACAUCGUCUCCACCCCACAAUAUGCGACCUCUGCACGAUUCGUCCUGUUAACUUACAACCUGACAUGUUUAUACUGCUACAACGUCCGGCAGAAAGAUGUGUCUGUGAUUGAGGUUGCUUAUCAUCGCUUCGUGGCCGUCACUGUUGGCGUGAUUUGGGCUUCAAUUGUAUCGCGUUAUUGGUGGCCGACCGAAGCACGAAGGGAACUGAGCAAGGCUCUUGGAGACUUUUGUCUGAAUAUGGGAUGGCUGUAUACUCGUUUGGUCGCAUUCAAUUCGUUUGAUAACGAAUCCGGAUUUCCUCGGAUCGAAGAGGAUGAAACUCCUACUGAGGAGACUUCCCUACUCACCCGUUCCACAAACAGGCAUCUCAAUGAAUCGAUUGUUAACUUCAUGGCGAUGGAACUGCACCUGCAGAUCAAGCUAAUUGAACUGCAAGGCUUGCUUUCUCAGACCCAGCAUGAACCACGAUUGAAAGGGCCAUUCCCGGUCAAGUUGUACCGCUCCAUCCUGACAAGUCUGCAGACAAUUCUUGAUAAGUUGCACAGUAUGAGAUGUGUUACAUCUCGGGAAGAAUGGCAUACGACUGUGCGGAAGGACUUUAUCAUACCCGUAAACAGGCAGCGACGGGAUAUGGUCGGGAAUGUCAUUCUGUAUUUCUCAACGCUCGCGGCUGCGUUCAGAUUGAAGUCUCCCCUUCCACCAUACCUUCCACCCGCGGAGGAAUCACGUCAGCGCCUGACCCCAGGUCGACGCUAUAAGACAGCUUGACGUUAUCAAGAACCGUAGUGUCAAAGGCUCAAGACACCUUCUGUUCUUUGCCUACGCCAUAACCAUGAGGGGUGUGAAUCAUGAACUCGACUAUUUGGGUCAAACUCUACAGGAAGCUUUCGGCGUUAUAGGAGGAAGCAGAGAAGCUUUUGAAGCUUUGUUCAUAGACGAAGACCAGUCAGCGGCAUGAUUUUAGACGGACCAUAUUGCAGACUUCAGGAUUUAUACCCUCGAUACCUAUUCACUCAAUUCCACACGUAUACACUUGCAUUUCUUGACACAACUUCAAACAUGUUUAUACAGGAGUUUCUGGUCUGAAGACAGACCAGUGUUUAUCGUGACGUCCGUGCUUACGGCAAGGUGGUCACCUUGCCUGCUCCAGCGUUGGCAUUCACAAUUGACACAACAGUGUUGGCGGCA